UUUACCGGGCGCGAAUUUGAACGUUCACUAAUUCAUAAACAGUUUGAAAAUUGUGUGCCAAAAAUCGUGUUUUCGUUUAAAAACCUGUUUCAUUUGAGUUCCUAUUUGUUAAUUGAAAAGCUAAAAUAUGAAAUUCCGAGCGAUGAUUGUGGACAGCGUUUACAUGAGGGAAUUGCUAAACAUUGUAACGACCUUCUCGCGUAUCAACAAAAAUUUGAUCAUCAACAUACAACCGACCAAGGUGAUGAUCCAGAUUGAGGCGGAGGUAGAAGCUGGGCAGUGCCUGUGGUGUGAAAUCGGUGUCCAGGGAUUCUUCAGCGAGUACGUCAUGGACGGGAUCGAUACGGAUUACAAUCAGAUCUAUAUGGUUGUUUUGGCGGCGAAUUUGGUCCAAGCCUUGGCUUACGUUCGGUCCAACCAUGUCGAAUACCUUAAGUUGAAACUCUCUAAAACGGAUAUGGUUUGUUUGUCGGUCGAAAUGAGUGGAACGACCCACAACGAUAGCGACAUCAUUUGUCCCAAGAUAAAGCAUGACAUUCCGAUAACGGUAGCCCCAAGGACCGAUUGGGUUAACUUCAACUUGCCCUUGGAUGUGGCUUACGAUUUGACGGUUCUACUACCGGGCAUAAAAUCACUUAAAAGUCUUCUGGACAAGAAAAAGAACCUUUCCCCUUCGGUCACCCUGUACGCCACCUUAGGCGGAGAGCUAUCUCUAGUAGUAGAAACUAACCUGGUUACCGUAGCCAGUCACUAUAAAGGGAUUCAAUGUUCCCGAGCAAAACCCCCGGAUCAGUCGAACGUUUCCAGAACAAGCAACAAUUCAUCGGCAGGACUGGAGGAAGCAUCCUGCAAAGUAGAUUCUAAGAAACUGUCCAUCCUGCUGGAGAGCGUGAAUUUUUUCGAUCUCAAAAUGAUAGCAAACAUUAAGAAUGAACAUUUAGUGAACAUCAAAUUAGUGGUAAGGGAUAAUGUGUUUCUCAAUUUUAUAUUACCGGCUGUUGAUUUUGAAUAAAUAAAUUGUUAAAAUGAAUAAGAUUAUAUUUCAAAAUUUA